AGACAACAACAUCAGCUGCAUAGUCCAGGGAUACCACCACAAUACGCACGUCUCACCAAGCAAACAUACUAGAAUGAAUUGAGAACAUGUCCUCGUUCAAUUACGACCGUUAUGACCGCGGCCAGUCGUCGUCCAGCCGCCGCAGCACCUUGGGCUACUACGUACCACUCAUCCUGACGGUUACAGUUGCGACAGCUGGGCUAGCAGCUUGGGUCUGGAGCGCGCGAGAGGGCUCGGAAGACUAUAGUUCAGAUGAAGAUCUGAGUUAUGGAGAAGACAGCAGUCGCGAGAAGUCGCACGGCAAAGCACCCCGAGGCCCUACACAGCGCGACAACACGGGUCUACCACAAGGCGCGGUCCGCGAAGACGAGACUACCUUCCUGGGACGCGCGCAGGGCAUCAUCAGACGUACCCCAAGCCCACAACAAGUUUUCGACACAGUGAGCAAGAAGACGGUCGCGGGGUUGGCGGCUGCAGGAGCCGCAGCUGGAGCCGCACUCGCGUCGAUUCGCGAGGAGGACAAAGACGACUUUGGCGACCACAGUAGGUGGUCUGAGGAGGCAGCUAUACGACGCAAUGUGGAAGCGCAGUCAAGGGAGAGCGCAGCCGCGGUGGAUACACAGACCAAGAGCUUCGCGGCGAGUGUAAAGACCGGGCCAUCGACGGGCAAGAGGAAGACGGUCGUGCUCGUUGUGUCUGCCGAGAGCUUGAUGGAUAGGGCUGACGACGACGGGAGCUAUCGGUCAGAGAAUGCUACGAUCCUGUCAUACCUCCCCGACACCGACUUUAACAAGAUUAAGCUCUUCGUUCUCAUCUACUCGCCCUCCCUACGCUCACGCCCACAGUCCCGUGCUGGUACUUCCUCCCUAGGCGAUUCGUACUCUGCUAUAUCAACACCCGCACGCACGCCAGGCGAGGAGCUCCAGUCUAUCGACCCGCAGCCCGAGGACACACAUACUGUCUAUACGCCUGCUCUUUCGGCGCGCAGCUCUGACAACAUUCUGUGGAGCACACUGCACGCGCAAGCCCUUCGUCUCGUCGAGGAGCCCGCCAUGGUAAUGCCCUUUAGUACGCCUACCGGGUAUGUCCAUAUGCUGCGACACAUUGGCCCCGAUCUUGUAUAUGUUGUCGACGCGCUUAGCGGUGUAAACGGGGCAAACAUCGAGGAUCUCAAGAGGUGGGUCGGCCAGACCAUCGUUGUGGUCGGUAGCGACGGCACCGGGCUUGGCGGCCUUGUCGACACAGACGAUGAAGGCCCGGCACGCAAGGGCAAGUCAUCAGAGCAUGCCGUGUCGAAAUGGUGGGAGAGCGCGGAUAUUGUUGGUCUGGGCAAAGGUGUCGAGGUCGUUGAUGCGUCUAGACUCUCAGAUGAUUACGAAAGGAGGAUCGGUGGACGCGACUAAGUUGUUUACCGUUGAUAUGAGUUGGACGAUAACCCUUUUGUUUUGCCUGUUGUUGAUUGAUUAGGUAGCACUUUAUGUACAUGUCACGAAGGAUGAAUACAACUCUCUGUCUCUCUCGGUCUCAUUGACAGCCUCCCC